GCUUUUCUAAGGCGUGUCGGAGGGAGUUAAGAGAUUCGGGUGAGUAGACAGUGCAGCUGUGGAACUUUGCAAUCUAAGAGAGCUUGAAAUCCGAAGCUUUCUUCUAAUUCGUUUCCCAAGGCCAGAGUGAUCACGACAACAAUGCUCUCGAGCUUGGUGAUGUUGCUUACUUGGAUGGUUCACCUGAAAGUGUGUUGCGUAGCGCAGGAUUCGGCCCAGGAUUCGGAAGAAGCCUGGAGAAAUUGGAAGGAGAUCCAUGAGAGAGUAUACACCGAAGAGGAAGAGCCCGCACGGAGAGCCAUAUGGGAGAAGAAUCGGCAGAUGAUUGAGAAGCACAACCGUGAGGCUGAUGAAGGGAAACACUCCUAUUGGCUGGGGCUGAAUGACUUUAGUGAUUGGACCGAUGAAGAAUUUAACCGCAUGGCGGGAGGUUCUUGUUGUGAGAUGGAGGAUCCUGACAAUGCUUCUCAAGGCUUUGGCCAUGCGCCAGACAUUUAGCAGGCACCCAAGCCCAAGAAAUGCCACCAGAGAUC